UCCGCCUCCCCUCCUCCUCCACCUCGCCUCCGCCUCCCCUCCCGCGGCAGCCCCGAGAAGCACUGCGGGCCUCACCUGCCCGUCCUCCUGCCCCCAAGAACCGCCGGUUCAGGAAGGAAGGAAGGGAAGGAAGGGAAGCGCCUGCCUGCCGGGGCUGAGCGACCGACCAUGGCGUACAGGGCGGAGGACGACUACGACUACCUCUUCAAGGUCGUGCUCAUCGGCGACUCCGGGGUCGGCAAAUCCAACCUGCUCUCGCGGUUCACGCGCAACGAGUUCAGCCUCGAGUCCAAGUCCACCAUCGGGGUCGAGUUCGCCACCAGGAGCAUCAGGGUCGACGACAAGGUCGUCAAGGCCCAGAUCUGGGACACCGCCGGGCAGGAGAGGUAUCGGGCAAUUACAAGUGCAUACUAUAGAGGGGCUGUUGGCGCACUGGUCGUGUACGAUGUGACACGCCAUGUGACCUUUGAGAAUGUGGAGAGGUGGUUGAAGGAGCUCCGGGAUCACACAGAUGCAAACAUUGUCAUCAUGCUUGUCGGCAACAAGGCUGAUCUGCGACACCUUAGGGCUGUAUCUGUGGAGGAUGCCAAGGGCUUUGCUGAGAGGGAAAGUACCUUCUUCAUGGAAACUUCCGCACUGGAGUCCAUGAACGUCGAGAGCGCCUUCACCGAGGUCCUAACUCAGAUCUAUCGUGUGGUCAGCAAGAAGGCCCUCGACAUUGGCGAUGACCCUGCAGCUCCACCAAGAGGACAAACCAUCAAUGUUGGAGGCAAGGAUGAUGUCUCUGCUGUGAAGAAGUCAGGGUGUUGUUCAUCCUAAAUCGCAUAUGACCAUGAAAAGGAACCAUAUGCUCACCCAAUCAUAUGAUUGGUAAUUGAAAAUAUGACUCCCUUGUGUUGCCUAGCCUGGUUGGUUAUGAGAUUAUGUUGGUACACCAGAAAAACGACUUAGAGGUUAAAAGUUUUAAUUCCAGGCUGGGACAAAAACUAACGUUUUGCAGUGUCAUUGAUAUUCAUGGUCUCCUUGUAUGGUUUAUAUGCACUACUGUUCCACACUAAUUGAUAUUAGAAUCCCCUCCACACACCUCACUACAUAACAUACCCCGCUAAAAUGUUGUAAUUGGAGCUACUGAUGUUUCCUUGCUGGGAGCAAAGAGUUUAACUUUGUCUUUUAUGUCACAAGGGGUUAUGUUCCACUCGGUAAAUGUCCAUCUGUCACUGGUAGGCAGCAAGUGUUUUUAGAGGGUUAUAUCAUGUAAUUCUCACAGGUGUACAAAAUUUGGAUUGAAGGUUUAUGUUCCUCAUCAGCCUAUUUAUUUUCAUGUUCAGGCAUAUACACAUUUUUAUUUUAUGUUCAUGAUGGUUUUAAUC